UCUCUCCAGUCAGGAGUGGCCAACUUUUCGUGAAGAACCCACGCUGCGUGCCUGGACCUCUUCCACCUCGGGGACUUAAUAGUUUCACGCUGCUUUCCACCCCAGCAAGAGAUGUGGAUUGUGCUGCUCGCCUUUCGCGCUCUGUCAAGACUGAAGUGAAAAAAAAAAAAAAACAGCCAACAACCUUUUUCCUUUUGAAUUGUUCAUUUUAUUGUCAUGCUGAUAUAGCCACGCGGAGGACGCACAGGUACACUGUUGCCUCUAAACAAGGACCGUUCAGUAUCAGCACCGGCCGGGAUUUAAGUAUUAUUGAACUCAACUUGGACUCGGAAGUGAUCGUUAUUGGAUUUUUUGUUUUGUUUCUUCUUCACUGACUGCCAAUAGUGGAUCUGAAGUUUUGGCCUUUAAUCUAGACGCUGUGAUAGCCAGAUUGUUUAUUUUUUUUGGUUAAAUCACUGAUUGUGUGCUACUGGAAGUUGAUCGGCCAUGCAGCUGCACAGUCUGUGGACAGUCCACACCCUGCUGGCACUGUGCAGCUUUGCUCUGGAGAACCCAUUGAGCAAUGACCCACUGGCUGCACCUCGUGUCUUCGUCUCCUUCAAAGAGCUGAGAUCUACUGGUACUGCUCAUCAUUUUGCCUACCUCCUCAACACAUCUGAUUACCGGAUCUUGCGGAUGGAUGAGGACUAUGACCGCAUGUACAUAGGUAGCAAGGACCAUAUCCUGUCCCUGGAUCUCCAUGACAUAAACAAGGCUCCUCAUAUUAUCCACUGGCCAGUGUCUGAACGAAGAAAGAUGGAAUGCCUCGUAAGUGGGAAAGACGCCAAUGAAGAGUGUGCUAACUUCAUCCGCUUGAUUGAGCCAUGGAACAGAACACAGCUGUAUGUCUGUGGGACAGGCGCUUACAAUCCAGUCUGUACCUUUGUCAACCGGGGGCAUAAAUCUCAGACACCCAUGUAUCUACAGAUGGCCCAGGCCAGAGGAAGGGCUAAUCGUGCAGCUGAACCCAGCACUGUACAUGAGACACUUGGACUAAAGGAAGAAAUUUUCCAUUUGGAGCCUGGCAAAGUGGAGUCUGGGAAGGGAAAGUGCUCCUAUGACCCAAAGCUCAACAGUGUUUCAGCUUUAAUUAAUGGUGAACUCUAUGCUGGAGUCUAUGUCGACUUUAUGGGAACAGACUCAGCCAUUUUCCGAACUUUAGGGAAAAAGACUGCCAUGCGAACCGAUCAGUACAACUCCAGAUGGCUGAAUGAUCCCACUUUUGUCCAUGUACAACUCAUCCCUGACAGCGCAGAAAGAAAUGACGACAAGCUGUAUUUCUUCUUCCGGGAGACAUCCUCUGAGAUGGGUCAGAGUCCUGUGACUCAGUCGCGCAUUGGACGCAUCUGCCUGAAUGAUGACGGUGGUCACUGCUGCCUUGUCAACAAGUGGAGCACGUUCCUGAAGGCCAGGCUCAUCUGCUCGGUGCCCGGGGCAGAUGGAAUGGAGACACACUUUGAUGAACUACGUGAUGUUUACAUACAGCCAACACAGGACCCCAAAAAUCCCGUUAUAUAUGGAGUCUUUUCUGUCUCUGGUUCUGUCUUCAAAGGCUCGGCUGUUUGUGUCUACUCCGUGGCUGACAUUCGCAUGGUCUUCAAUGGACCCUUUGCCCACAAGGAAGGUCCCAAUUACCAGUGGGUGGCCUACACUGGGAAGAUCCCCUACCCCCGCCCAGGCACAUGCCCUGGGGGUACAUUCACCCCCAACAUGAAGUCCACAAAGGACUAUCCAGAUGAAGUGAUUAACUUCAUGAGGAAUCACCCUGCCAUGUACAAUUCAAUCUACCCAGUACACAAGCGCCCCCUAGUGGUGCGGACCAACGUGGACUAUGAGUUCACCACCAUCGCAGUGGACCAAGUGACUGCUGCGGAUGGCAACUAUGAGGUGCUUUUCUUAGGAACUGACAAGGGGACAGUUCAGAAAGUUAUCGUUCUUCCCAGAGAUGACCUGCAGACGGAAGAGCUGGUACUGGAGGAAGUAGAGGUGUACAGGGUUGCAACUCCAAUUACAACAAUGAAGGUAUCCUCGAAAAGGCAACAGCUGUACGUGUCAUCUGCGGUUGGGCUGACCCAGCUAGCGCUUCACCGCUGUGAUGUUUACGGGGAAGCGUGUGCUGACUGUUGUUUGGCCAGAGACCCUUACUGCGCCUGGGACGGCAAGUCGUGCUCCCGUUACUCCGCUUCCCAGAAGAGGUCUGACCCCUUUAGACGUAGCCGGAGACAAGACGUCAAGUACGGGAACCCUAUUCGCCAGUGUCGAGGCUUCAACUCCAACGCUAAUAAGAAUACUCUUGAGAUGGUACAGUAUGGGGUGGAGGGAAGCAGUACCUUCCUGGAGUGUCAGGCCCGCUCCCCACAUGCCAUCAUCAAAUGGCAUCUACAGCGAGACAACAGCGACCGCAGGAAGGAGCUGCGUUCUGAUGGUCGGAUCUUGAAAACAGAGCAAGGUCUGCUCCUGCGGUCUUUGCAGCCCUCUGACUCUGGCAUGUACCAGUGCACUGCCACAGAAAAGAACUUCAAGCACACCCUCGUCAAGCUGCAGUUGGUGGUGCUGUCGAGCCGUGCCGUCAAUAACGCCUUGGUAGAAGGCACAGGAGGCCUACUGCCAUCAUCUCUCCGCUCCAGCACCCAGUGGACGGCCAGCACAGGCCAGUACAAGGACCUGCUGACCAUUCUGAGCCAGCCAGAGAUGAGCCUCAUCAACCAGUAUUGCCAGGACUACUGGCAGUUUGGAGACCCCAUGCUAGGUGCCCUUAAGGUCAAAGACCUGAAAGAGUUCAAGGAGCAGAAGAAGCCCCGGAAUCGCCGGCAUCAUGGGGAGGAAGCGGAGAAAGAAGAGCAGGAUGAUGUAGAGACAUGAGGAGGCCAGUUAUGUACGAAACAGCCUCGACCACCUGCCCCCUACGCUGAAAACUGGGAGAGACUCAAAAAAUAUUCACAAACCAGGAAAAAAAAAAUAUUAAAAGAAACUGACAAAAAGAGGCUUAGACACAAACCCCAACAUCCAUUGUUCCGAACCGUAACACAUAUGCUACUCAGUAUUUAUUGUAGGUUGUACAUAGUAGGUCUAACAUUCUGUGGAUUUAUUUGUACUUAAAAGAAAAUGGGCUCUUUGUGUAUAGGUAACUUGGGGGGCAAAUAUUGUUGUUGUUACGUUUAUUGUUGUUGUUACUGUCAUUACAAGGCUCGUCUGUCAUACGACUGGAAACAGUUUGUGCUAUUGAGCGCGUAAGCUGUAUGGAACCCAGCUAUGAAGCUCUUUGUGUGACAGGGAAAAAUGUAUUGUCGAUAAGAGGUGACGGGAUCGCUGUUGGUUCUUGACUGUUUUGACGCAGUACCAGGACAUUUGCAGGAACGCCUGGUGCACAACCCCGACACGGAAGCAUGUGGACUGAUACUUAGGGGACCAUGGACAUGAAGAAUGCUCCCAAUUGUUGUGGAGGAGCAGUUCUUUCACUUAAUAAUAUCCAAAUAUUCACACAGUUUUAAUCAGGACAUUUUUUUUUUUUUAAUCAAAUGUAUUCUCCUGUGUGUCAUUCCUCGAUGAACGAUACAGUACAUUAAAAUAGAUUACGUACAGUAAUGGUGGGGCUUUACCAAAUGCAAACUUCAUAUAUACUGAGACUGUGGUGCAAUAAAGAGUCAAGAAUUUGUACAAAGGGAAUUCUUUUAAUUUUAUGGGCCAAUGGCUGCGGCCAAAUGCAACAAGCACACUUUGUGGACAUCUGUGAAUACUGUAAAAAAUAGUUUAAUUUGGCCAUAGGUGCAUCUGUCUUCUGACAUCCAUGUUUGGAAAGGAAAUUUCCACUUACUGUAUACACAACUGAGCAUUGUAACAAUGUUGUGACACUAACCAAAUAUUGGGAAGCUGGCUUUCUUUGUGUGCAUGAACAUGUAUUUGUACUGUAUUUCUGAUAAGAUGUAUGUGUGGUCUGCUCGUCUUCUGUUCACCACCCUAAGGGAUGAAAAAUAGGAUAUGAGAAUCUUUGCUAGUACAGUACACUUGGUAGAACAGUAAAUGUACAUGUGCUGUAGCUCCAAACAUACAGUCAUAAAACAUGUUUUAACUGGACAUGUAAGAUUUUGGGUAUGUGUUCAAAUGACUUUACGUUCAUAUGUGGACGGAAUCCACCAUUUGAGACCGUUUGUACUCUCACUGUAAAUGAUUUAGUUAUUAUAAAUUAUGUGACAGUCCUAAAGUAAUUAAAAAAAAUAAAAUAUCCAAAACAAAGAAGCAUCUAGUUAAUUUCUACAAAUUAGGCCUUUAAGUCUCUCUUGUCACUUGGAGUUUGGGUCCACAAAAGUAAUCCUGUAUACCUCUGAAGAUGCUUCAGCCAAAUUUGCUGCUUCUCAAUUUCACAUUUUUUUGCAUCCCUAAAUUAGACCACAUAUGCAGCAAAAAUAAACAAAACAAGGUUUUCUUUAGUUUAUGCAUUCUUUUUUACAUUAUCAGAUUUUAUGAGAAAAAAAAAACUAUACAAAAUGAAAUGAGUUGAUGUUAUUGUACUGACCUAAAUGUGUAAAUUACUCAUACCAUCCCGUUCAACUGUUGUUGCUAACUAAUAAAUUAAAGCUCUAUAUUUUAUAAGAAUUAAAUGCUUCCCCCACUCAUUGUGAUUAACUUGAUACUGGAUGUUUUCUAUGUUCUGCCCAGAACUGUGGAAUAAAGUUGUAUCUGUUGACGUGUUCAGUAUGCACAUUUGUGUUAAAUACGCAUUUGCAGAUAAACAACUCCCAAUAAAUACAAGAACAGACCUAC